AUUAAACUCCAGGUUGCGCUGUCGAUUCAGCCUCGUCCUGCACAAUCGAUCCCGUUGCAGGGACAACCAACAAACUGAUGUUGCUGAAACGCACACAGUGAAAACGCUGACACGAUGGAUUUUAAUGUCAAGAAACUAGCGUCGGAUGCAGGUGUCUUCUUCACUCGUGCUGUUCAGUACACGGAGGAGAAGCUUGGCCAGGCAGAAAAGACUGAGCUAGAUGGCCACCUGGAGAACCUGAUUGCUCGAGCGGACUGCACCAAAAACUGGACUGAAAAGAUCUUCAGACAGACCGAGGUGCUGCUUCAACCCAACCCAAUUGACCAAACUGGUGCCCGUAUUGAAGAGUUCUUCUAUGAGAAAUUGGACAGAAAGAUCCCAUCCAGAACCACCAAUGCAGAGCUGCUGGGACAGUAUAUGCAGGAUGCUGCAAAGGAAUUUGGGCCAGGAACUCCAUAUGGUAGUACUUUGAUCACUGUUGGAGAGUAUCAGAGGAGAUUGGGUGGAGCAGAGCGGGAAUUCCUACAGACGUCAGCCAUCAACUUCCUCACACCUCUGAGGAACUUUCUAGAGGGUGACUGGAAAACCAUUUCCAAAGAGAGAAAGCUACUUGAGAACCGGCGUCUUGACCUGGAUGUUUGCAAAGCUCGGCUCAAGAAAGCAAAGUUAGCAGAGGCCAAGGCUGCUUGUGAGGGAGAUGCUGCGCCUGACUUUCAGGAGACUAGGCCACGCAAUUAUGUUCUGUCGGCCAGUGCAUCUGCGUGGGAUAGUGAAGUUGGCGAUUCAUCUCUGAGUGACAGAGAAAAGCUGUGGAGUGAGGAAGUGGAUAAAGCAGAGCACGAGUUGCGUGUGGCUCAGACUGAGUUUGACAGACAGGCAGAGGUCACACGCCUCCUGUUGGAGGGCAUCAGCAGCACACAUGUGAACCACUUGCGCUGUCUGCAUGAGUUUGUGGAGGCCCAGGCUGCUUAUUACACACAGUGUCACAAGCACAUGCAGGAUCUUCAGAAAGAGCUGAGCAGUGCGAACGGAGAUACGUUUCCUAAUGCUUUUGCUGUGAACGCCUCCACGUCAGGGGUGUCAGCAGACCCUUCUCCCCUUUCCACUGCCACCCUACCUGGGACUUCUCCACCUAGUCGUUCCCCAAACCCCUCCAAUGCCCUUGAGUCCAGCACGCUGAAGAUUGAGGAGGUGAAGCCUCCCGCCACUGGCACUCGCAAGGCCAAAGUGCUGUAUGACUAUGAUGCUGCAGAUACAAGUGAACUUUCCCUUCUCGCUGAUGAGCUUAUUACGGUGUACACGGUGCCCGGCAUGGACCCAGACUGGCUUAUUGGAGAGCGAGGCAACCAGAAAGGCAAAGUGCCUGUCACAUACCUGGAGCUCCUAAGCUAGACGCAGCCUCCUCUUCACAAAUACAGAGUCAUACUGAAUUAUGCAUGAACAAGUACUCAAGCACUCAUGAACACUCAGUGAAUUUACCUGGUUUCUUUCUAUUUAGUUUUUUCCCCCGUAAUACCUAGAUUCACAUCUAGGUCUGUCCAUGUUACUGUGCAUAAAUAUGUAUUAUUGUUUUUUAGGCCCUAGUUAUGUUCUGUGUAUGUUGUUUCAUUUGAACACUAUCCUGCAUAAGGCUUUUCUUUAAGUAACUGAUUUUAUUUCCUUUAUGGUCCUGUGACUGCUAGAUUUUUCUGAAGUCUUUCUUACCCUCCAAGUGAAGACAACAAACUGAAACUGGAUCUGAGUUUGUGUGUGUGUGAUCAUGAAGACACUAAACAUUUAGGCUUUGCUUCUUUGUGUGUCGUCUCGCUCAUCAUGCUUGUAUGUUUAUAUGGUGGUCUUGGAUUGAUAUCAGUUUGAUUCCAAAUGAGGCAUUUAUGGUAUUAGGUGCGGUUAUGAUGUACAGUAUGUGGUUAACUGUGAUCUGUUCAUAUUCAAAAUACUGAUUUUCUUUACCUCCAGUGGUACUUAUUCACAUCCAUAUCUGCUCAGUCAGCACCUUCCCACUUUUGUCUUUGUGUUCUGUGCUUGUUCCAAAUAGCGAUGCAUGUUGAAUGAAUACAAUAUAAAUAUAUAAUAAAGAGAGAUUU